AUGGGGAAGAUGAAGGCGCGCGAUUACGUCGAGGCUGGAGUGGGGGCCGCGGGAGGUUUUGCAGGGAGUACCGUGGGGAAAGUGGCGGGAGCUGCAGUUGGGGCUUUAUUUGGUCCAGUGGGGGCUGUAGCCGGGGCUGUAGCCGGGGCUAUAGCCGGGAGUGCAACCGGGCGUCGACUGGGGACUAAAGCGUGCUUGCAUUCCCAUCUCUCUCCGAGUCUCCGGCCUCUAACUCCCCCUCUAACACGAAUUUCAGCUGUAGAGAAGACCAUGGGCAGUGAUGUGGAGGACUUGAAGAAGAAGGUGGAUGACUUGAAGAGGGAGAAUACCAGGCUGUUCGGUGAUAAGGACACACUCCAGAAGGAACUGAAGGAGACGAAGGCAGCGCUGGGGUAUAGGGUGCGGGAGUUGGAGCACACGAGGGGGGCAGCUCUAAUGUUCAUAGACGCUGCCGAUACUUACCAAGAAGCAGCAGAAAAACAAAUUAAGCAAAAGGUGGGAGAACUGGAGGACACAAGGAAGGCAGCUCUGGUGUUCAUGGUCGCUGCCGAUACGUACCAAGAAGCAGUAGAAAAACAAAUUAAGAAAAAGGUGGAAGAACUGGAGGACACAAGGAAGGCAGCUCUGGUGUUCAUGGACGCUGCCGAUGCGUACCAAGAAGCAGCAGAGAAGGAAAUCAAGGCAAAGAUAGAGGAAUUAGAGGACACAAGGAAGGCGGCUCUGGUGUUCAUGGACGCUGCCGAUACGUACCAAGAAGCAGCAGAAAAGCAAAUCAAGGCAAAGACAGAGGAAUUGGAGGACACAAGAAAGGCAGCUCUGGUGUUCAUGAACGCUGCCGAUACAUACCAAGGAGAAGCAGAGAAGCAAAUCAAGGCAAAGAUAGAGGAAUUAGAGGACACAAGGAAGGCGGCUCUGGUGUUCAUGGACGCUGCCGAUACGUACCAAGAAGCAGCAGAAAAGCAAAUCAAGGCAAAGACAGAGGAAUUGGAGGACACAAGAAAGGCAGCUCGGUGUUCAUGA